CUACCAAAGACAAUUAUGGGUUGCAAGUUAUCACAGCUAGCCAGUUCGGAGUUCGCCCAUGACCCCUUCAAUAGACCCCCACCGCCGUCGGACCCCCGAUCACCCUUGACCGCUAAGCAGCAGUACUGCAUGCUGGCAUCAUGGAAGGGUAUCUUCAGACAGAUGGAGAAGACUGGAAUCAUCUUAUUCGUGAAAUUAUUUGAAGAGAACGAAGACAUUCAUCACCUCUUCGAGAAGUUCCGCGAACUCCGCACCAAGGAGGCUAUAGUCAGCUCGGCGGAGCUGGCGGAACACGCCACGAAGGUCAUGCAUACCCUGGACGAGGGGAUCAAAGGGUUGUCUGACAUGGACGGCUUCUUCGCGUAUGUCAGGCAUAUAGGCGCCACACAUCGACAGGUGCCGGGGUUUAAGGCGGAGAAUUUCAUGAAAAUCGAGCAGCCCUUCCUGGAGGCGGCGAAGACGACCCUUGGUGACCGGUACACGCCUAACAUCGAGAACAUAUACAAGCUCACCAUCAGGUUUAUCCUGGACAACCUGGCUAAAGGAUACGAAGAGGCCGCUGAAGUGAAUGUUAGUGAGACGUGACUGAAACUCGAAUUAGAUCAGAGCCUGUAGCCAAG